UUCUAAUUUCCCUCUCCCGCGUAUAACAACUUCAUUUUGACUGGUUGGCCUUAUUUUCACGUCUCUUCCUCUCCCAAUUCACACAUUUUUCUCCCGGGUUUCUUUUUGUGCCUGCGUUGUCUUUUCUGUUCUUGUAUCGAAGCGCAGCAUCCGUUUGUUUUCUGCAAUGUAAGUUUUUGAGUAGCUUAAUUGAGAGCCCAUAAUUUAUUUGCUGGUUACCUGUGUUCUACUCCGGACAGCAAAGUUUCAUGUCUGAAUUCAACGUGCAGAUUCCAUCUGCUUUUGACCCAUUUGCUGAUGCAAAUGCUGAGGACUCGGGAGCCGGGGGAAAAGAGUAUGUUCAUGUGCGCAUACAGCAACGUAACGGGAGAAAAAGUCUGACUACUGUCCAAGGAUUGAAGAAGGAAUUUAGUUAUAACAAGAUUCUUAAGGACCUGAAGAAGGAAUUUUGCUGUAAUGGCACAGUUGUGCAAGAUCCUGAGCUAGGCCAGGUUAUACAACUUCAGGGAGACCAAAGAAAGAAUGUGUCUACCUUCCUUGUGCAGGCUGGCAUUGUGAAGAAGGAAAAUAUCAAGAUUCACGGUUUUUAAAGAGAAUCAAGAUUGAAUUCUAUUACUGUUUACAGCAGCUGUAAGUGAUAGUCGUGGACACAACUUAACUAUUUGUAGAACGUAGGAGUGCUUGCUACAACUCUGGAGAAAUGUACGUUUGCUAUGCUUUGUUUAUGCAGACCAAGUUAUGUAUUACAGGACCCUUUUAGUUAAUUACAUGUUCCCUGCUUUCUCAUCUCA